CGUUUACCAUAUCAUGAUGGCGGUAGCAUGGACUAUUUUGAAUUCCGUCCCGCUUUUCGAAGUUUACAUUAGGCCUAGUCUGUAAAAUGUCUUACUUUACCAGAGAGAAACCAGAAUAAGUGAACCUAUAACAUGGACUCCGUCGUGGGAGACGAUUUGACGCUUCCCGUUGACAUCAACGGAAGCUGCAGACUGCCAGACUCCAUAGAUGCUGGAGAUUAUUCCACAGACAGCAUGACAGCUCCGUCAUUCCCUGACAAGAUGUCCCCAAUCAAAGCUCUCACCAUGAAGGACUAUGAGAAUCAAAUCACAGCUCUGAAGAAAGAGAACUUCAACCUGAAGCUGCGCAUCUACUUCAUGGAGGAGCGCAUGCAGCAGAAAUGCGAUGACUCUACCGAGGACAUUUUCAAAACGAACAUUGAGCUGAAGGUGGAGUUGGAGUCUAUGAAGAGAGACCUGGCAGAGAAACAGGAACUACUCGUGUCUGCAUCGAAAGCAUUGGAGAGUCUGGCUGGUCGAGAAUCAGGAGAACCCCAACGUGUGAGAGAGCAAGCUCAGAGGGAGAUGGAUGCACUUCGGGAUGCAUUCAACAAAAGGAUAGCUGACCUAGAACAGAGUCUGCGAACGGCAGAGGAAGAGGUUGACAAGAUGGCAGCCAUUGCUGAGCAGGAAAAACUUAAGAAUAUUACAAUGGAGAAGCAGUUCCAAGCCCUGGGUCCACUGAGUGCCUUUACCCCUGGUCCUGUCCCCAGCCCAGUCCAAGACCUGCAGCAGGCUCUGCAGGAGAAAGACAAUGUCAUCGAGCAGCUCAAGAUUGCUUUAAAGAACCAGGAAGCUGUGAUCCAUCAGAAGAAAAGCGCAGACCAAGAGACUGAUGCACCAUCAGCUGACUGUGUUAAACAGCUAUCUGAUCUCAUUGCUAAGAAAGAUGAGGAACUUGAGGCACUGAGGGAUGAGCUACAUAAAGAGAAGGACAAAACAACACCAGACCAUCAGCAGAAUGAGGUUAGCCGAUUGGAGUCCCGCAAUAAGCUGCUGACUGAAGAGCUCACCCAGAUAAAAAGCACCAAUGAGAACCUGACUAAAACACUGGAGGACACCCAGAAUCAAAACAAGACCCUGCUGGGGAAGCUGGAGGAGAAAGAGAAUGAACUCAACUCUGAGAAGAAAAAUGCUCUCAAGAGAGACAAAACAAUCCAGGGGCUUACUCAGGUCUUCAAGGAAAAGGAACAAGAGAUUGCAGAGCUGUGUCAUGAGAUUGAGGACAGGGAUGACGCCUUGGCCAAGGCUAGAGAGGCAGCACAUAAAGCCCAGCUGCAGAAAUACCAGGGAGCAGAGGAGCACCAGAAUCUAUUAAUGGCAAAGCAAACAGAGCUUGCCCAGCUCCAGGGGGAACACCAUGCCAAGGUGCUUGAAGCCCAAAAGCUACAGCGCAGCCUUGACAGGAAGGAGCAAGAGUUGGGUGACUUGCAGCAGGCGAAGGACCAGCUAGAGGUGGAACUGGAGGACCUGCAACAGCAGAAGAAAAAGGGAGACAAGGCCCUCAAUGAUCUGAACAAUCAGCUCAAAAAGCUGAGUGGUGAGAUCGGGGACAGGGAGAGUGCUCUGGAGCAGCAGUACCAGGAGCUGCUGGAUCAAACCAAAAGAAAAGUGCAGGCCCAUGAGGUCACCAUCCAGCGGCUGACGUCCACUCUCGCAGAUAAAGAGCAACAGCUACAGGAAUACAUAAACAUGGUGAGAGACUUUGAGCAAAGCAAAAGUCCGGGAGGAAACGAUAAUGUGCUUUCCAAGCUGCGGCAAAGGCUGAAAGAAAAGGAGAGGGCUCUGGAGCAAGCACUGGAUGAGAAGUUUGCUGCCAUUGAGGAGAAAGACAAUGAGAUACAUCAGCUGCAGCUGUCUUUAAGGGAGAAGGAGAGAGACCUGGAGAGGCUCAAUAAUUUGCUCUCUAACAACGAGGAAACCAUUAAUAGUUUUGACAGUCUGAUCAAGGAGAAGGAUGUGGAGCUGCAGCAUCUUUCAAACACACUAAAGAACCUGCAGAGAGCCAAGCAGGAUGUAGAAGAUAACUUGAACAGAUCACUGAGGGAGAAGGACUCCAUCAUCAGCCAGCUACAGCGCUCCCUGGAGGGGAAGACAAAGGAUCUGGAUGAAAUGGCUGAAUCAAUGCUGAGCCAGUCGCAGACUCAUGCACGUGACCUUGCUGAACAGAUGGGCCAGAGGUUAAAGGUCACAGAGGCUAUGUUGGCUGAGGCUGUGAAGGCCAGGGAAAGGCUGGUUGCUGACAAUGAAAAUGCUGUGGAAGGACUGUUGGCUACAAUCAGCAGCAAGGAUCAGCUCCUCAAGGAGUCUGCUGAGCACUACAACCGCAUGCUGUCUGAACGCACUCAAGAGAUUCAGGAACUGAGAAAGCAGCUGUCUGACAAGCACCAGCAGCUCUCCACUGCUGAGAAGCAAAGCUCCACAACAGCCCAGGAGGGUUAUUUAGAGACGGCAGAGCUCAGAGCCCAGCUCGCUGAAAAAGAAAGCCUCAUCAAUAAGCUUCUGCAGCGUGGUCAGGAGAGAGACCAGUUUCUGGCAGAGAUGAGGCAGAAGGAGGAGCCGGAUCAUGUGUUGGAGCUCAGACAAACUAUCCAGAUCAUGCAGGAAAAGUUGGACGAGAGGGAAGCUGAGCUGUCCAGGAGGAACAGUGAAGAUAAUGUGGAGAACAUUUCACUCUCCAAGAAGACAGUCGUCGUCCUGAAGAAAGAGCUUGCACAAAAAACUGAGGCAUUAAAUAAAGCACUGAAGAGGGAGAAUGAGCUGAAGAUUUCUUUGGCAGAGCUACAGUCAUUGCUAUCUGAGCUCGAGGGUCGCAAUGAAGGACAGGCUGCUAAUAUCGAGUCCCUGACUGCCACUCUGAAGACCAAGGAUGAAAUUAUAGAUGUUCUCCACCAGCGCCUUGGUCAUAGAGGGGACAGCCGGGCUGAUCAUACCCAGGAUCAGAUCAUUGGCUCUGGCAUGGAGAGAUCACUCCCUGGGCUUCCUCAGAGAGAGAGAACCAUGAUUGGUGGUGAUAGCCAGCAAGAAGCUUUGCCCAACCUUAUGGCCUUGCAACAGGAGCAUAAUGCUCUGAACAGAGCACUGAGAGCUGAACAACAGCUCUACUCCAGCCUGGUUAGGACUGUUAAGGAGCAGGACAGCGCCCAGCGUCUCCAUGCUCUGCAGCUGGAGCUGACAGCAGUGCAGCUCCUCAGGCAGCAGCUAGAGGAGAGCAUCAAAACUAAUGAGGAGCUAAGGGACGACUUGGAGAGAGAGAUACACAGAGCCAAACUCAGAGAAGGUAUGGACCUGAUUGACCCUAAAGAACUCGAGAGCAUGAGACACCAGCUUGAAGAUGCACAGCGCUGGAACGCCUCUCUGCAGGCUCGUUUAGGAGCCAUACAGAACCGUGGAGGAGGAGUCGGUGGAGCCAAUGAUGGUGGUGACACUUUGAGUUUCAUUGGAGAUCAGACUUCCUACAUGAGUAUCUGUGUGGGAGAGGGGCAGGAUGACAGUUUGUCUCUACUGUCUGCACAGGAGCUCAAGCAGAAGGUGCUGGAGCUGCAGGACUGUGUCAGCAGACUGCAGACUUUAAACAAUGAGCUGCAGAACCGUCUGUCGUUACUGGAGAAGUCAGACCAUGAUGCAUACAACAAGGAAGACAAAGAGGUGGCCAGCAGUACCCCCUUGAAACAGCAGCUUGAGAAGACGCAGCUUGUGGUUCACGGUAACAGGACUCAUCACUAUGGUCAGGAUAAACAGAGUCAGACAGACAUCAAACUUGGACAGAUGUUGUCUGGAAGGCUGUUUGGUGAUAUGGACAGUGGCUUUGGCCAGAGUAGAGAGCAUGCUCACUCUAGCAACGACACCUUAGACACUGGAGACAAAGAUUCGAGGCAGAGGAACACAGAUUUAAUGGCACUUAAAUCCCUGCUGACUCAUUGUGGGGCCACAUCAGUCUCGCACCUAAGGGAGGAGCUGCUCAAACUUCGAUCAGAAAAUGUAGAGCUGCGGGGUCUCCUGAAAGAACAAAAAUCUACUGAGUGUAAAGAGAAAGAGAGCACAGACACCUCAGGGAGCAGCAGCGACGGACAGGCUGAAUUGAGAAAGAGUGCGGAAACACUGCAGGCUGACUCAAAAGGUCACUCCAAGGUCAUCAAUCUGUCACAGGAGAAGGGAGAGAAGAACUCACAUGAGGUGUCAGAUGGGGAGAGCCCUGCCACCACUGAGCUAAUUGUCAGCACCACAGAGGGAAAGGAGAGUCCAAAAACCAAAGACCAGUCACACAGCAAGAGUGCAAAGCAGCAUGUCGCAAGGCAUGGGGUCAGUGGUAAAUCUCGCCUCCCGGUCCCUGUGAGGCUGAGAGAGGAGGCUGGCAGCAGCAGGCAGGCUGUGAGCUCUGACCAUCUCAAACAUGAUGCACUUCAGCACCUUCAUUUGGAUGGUGUAUAUGGGUCUGACCAGCAGCUGCAUCCAGACUCUGACUCCCCCAUGUCACCCCAGCUCAGCACUUCCCCUUCUUCCACACUUAGAUAUGCACAUUGCACAGGCAGUCCAGUCGGGUCAGACAAGGGCUCUGAAGCUGGAGCAACACUGGAUCACACCCAGCCUGAAUCCGCACUUUUCACUCAGCUGGAGCUUCUCCACCAGGAGUGUCAGGAGAAGGAGAGCCUGAUCAAUAAGCUAAGCGAGCAGCUAGCAGAUUGGGAAGAGCUCCACGCUCAGCUCCGGGAGAAGGACCGGCUCAAUCGCCAGUACGCCGAGGCCUUACAGGCCGCAGAAUCCACCAUUGCUUAUCUGACUGCCUGCAGUCUGGACAGCCAGGGUGGAUUUGGGUCACACACCAGUGCGUGUGCAGGUUCUGGCUGUGUGGGUUCAGAUUCUGUCUUUUACAGCAGAUGCAUAGAGCUGCAAAAGGCCCUGCAGGAGAAGGAGGAGCUCAACAACCAGCUUGUAGAGCUUUUGAGCAUGGCAGAGAAAGCCAUCGCCUCCCUUGAGAGCCAAGAAAAGAAUCCAGAAAUCAGUGAUUUAUAUUUGAAGAUAGACACAGCUUUACAGCAGGUUAAUGUGUCUUCAAAUGAACAGAGCCCAAGGGGUGUUUUUGGAGGCACAGAGGACUCUGUGCAGGAGUCACAACGACACACAGACUCUUUGCAGGAGGCACUGUGGCAACAGAGGAGGCUUAAUGCAGAGCUGCAGGAAAAACUAAGAGCUACAGAUGAUGAUGAUGCUCAGCUUGGCUAUAACAGAGACCAGAAUGGUAAAUGCUCAAGGCAGAUGACAUUAGAAUCACUUCAGGAAAAGGAGUCAAAGGGAGAUCAGGGCAAAAUGGGAAAUUCUGACAAUGUCACUUUAAACCAGGAGGUCAAAGUUCUGAUGAACUGCCUUAGUGCAGCAGAGUCUGCCGUUGCCUCUCUGGCAGCACACUGUACAAACACCAGCUCCUUGGCCCCUGGUAGAUCUUCACAGACUAACCCUGACCUGCACAUGAAUUUAGACAAACUUCAGAGAGCCCUGCAAGAGAGGAAGGAACUUGGAGAAUCCACCCAGCCAGCCACCCAAUCCAGUGGCAAGCAGUCAGCUGCUUCAUUGGGACAGCUUCACCAAGAGCUCCAUAAUGACCUCUGCCGCCUCUACAAAGUCUUUAGUGAUCGAUCUCAGAGGAUGUCUGAACUCCAGGCUUCCCUGCAAGAAGAGAGGGGCCGUAGAGAGGAGAGCGAGGUCCACAGGACAGUGCAGGAUGUCAAGGGACUACCACCGAGUGUUCAGGUCCAACUGGAGACUCUCCAUAAGGCACUGAGGGAGAAGAAGAAAGCAUGUAAAAACCUGGAGGAGAAACUAGCCACUGCUCUCACAUCCCCUGAAACUGCACAGAGAGCUCUGGAGCAGGAUGACAAAGGCGUGCAGGUGGAUUUGCAGGACCUGGGUUACGAAACCAGUGGCAAGAGUGAGAACGAUAGGGAAGAGAGCAGUAGCACAGAUCUGGAGGUUGGCGUGAACCCUAGUUGCAGUGCCUCUAGCCUGCCUUCCCAACACGAGCAGGCCACCUUCUCCUCGACUGAAAACCUGGACUCAACCUCCAGCACCCCGUACCCAAGUUCCCCAGCUCUCAGCUCUGCCAAGGUCAGCCUGAAAAGCCUGCAGAUCUAUGAUGAGUACGGUGUUUCCAAGGACCCUCUGCAGCUGCAGGGACAAGUCCGAGAGCUGAAGGUUCAGCUGGAAAACCAGACCAAACUCAUCCUCCAAAUGCAAAGUCUUCUGCGUAGGAGCUCUCUGGCCAGUGAUCUAGUUGCCAACACCUCUGAUCCCUUGGCCAUCAAGGAUCAGGAAGGGACACAGCGGGAGGACCAUGGCCAAGAUAGGAGCAACAGAAGUGGGCAGCUAAGGGAGAAAAAGGAAGGUGACAACCAUGCAAUGAAGGAUAAAACCAGUCGUCUGAAUGUGGAGCUGGAAAGGGAGAGCACACUGAACAGAAGCAUGAGCGAUCAGCUGCAGCAGACCCGCAGCCGCUCCACGUCACCAGCAAGACUGGACUCCCUGGUUCAGUCGCAGGCCAGGGAGCUGUCACAACUAAGGCAGCAGAUCAAGGAGAGUCGCAGGCUUGGAGCCCUGCAGCGUCGGCAGCUUGACGAGCUGAGCAAGGCCUUCAAGGAGCUGCUGCAGGCCGGAGAAGUCGAUUACUACAAGGGGGAGGCGGUCAAAGAGCAGCUGGACAAGAGCCUGACCAUUCUGGACAGGCUGGAGGGACGGCUGGACAAAGGAGAUUCUCGUCUGGAUAAUGAGGACGUGGUGGCCCUGGAACUGUCUCGCAGGUUGGCUAAAGAGCUGCAGGAGAAGAACCGUCUGAUCCAGAGCCUGCAGAGCCAGUUCAAAGGCCAAAGUCCCAGCAGCCACCACAGCUCUCACUCUGAUCUGUACCCCUCAGACAGGACCUCUUCCUCCUGCCACAGCAGCCCAACCACACAAGGAGGCAAUCAAGCCCAUAGCCAGCGACACCCAACUGAUUGGACGGGAGCAGCUGUCACUCCUGUAGGAGGAGCUCAGGAGGAAGGUGUGUCUGGUCUCAGGGACACUGCCAGCAGACUGCAGGGCCUGCAGAGGGAGAACGGGCGACUGCAGGAGCAGCUAAGGGAUAGCGAGGACCUCAACGCCACCCUGCGCAGUGAACUGGACCUGCAUCGCUCAAUUAUGGCCCAGACCAGCUCCUACCAUCAGGAAAAGGAUCACAGCCAUGACCUGGAUGGAUCAGGGCCGCAGAUAGAUACACAUAAAGGAGACCGAGACACUGGCUCACUAAAGAACGCUGCUGAACAGCCUCGCGUGAUGAAUUCAGACUUGCUGGCAGAACAUCUGCAGGAGAUCCGAGCUUUGCGACAGCGCCUGGAAGAGAGCAUCCGCACCAACGACCGUCUCAGGGAACAGCUGGAGAAGAGACUAGCAGAGGUGGAGAAAGACCCAGCAGCCACCAACAUCUUCAUCCAUGGCAACGAGGAGCAGGGUCAGCUGGCCAAUGAGGUGCGAUUCCUCUGGGGACAAAACCAAGCCCUGAAGGAACAGCUUAGCCUGGGAUCUAGAGAUAAGCAGAAGGAGAACGAGAAGCUACGGGAGACUCUGGCCAGGCGGACUGCCAAACUGGAGCAGAGCAGGAGGGACUGCGAAGCUCUGAGGCAAGAAAACAGUCGACUGCAGGAGAGGCUGGAGCACAGCAGCCAAGAAAACUCACAGCUGCAGGAGUCACUGCACUACAGCAAGGAGGAGCUGCACAGGUUGCAGUGUGAGGUAAAGCUCCAGAGGCAGCAGCUGUCUGACUCCCAGCAUCUUCUGCAGUCACUGCGGGUAGAGCUUCAAGUCUAUGAAAAGAUCAAGACUGACACUCACAAACACAACGAAUCCAGUGAAACGACCCCAGGGCCUGUCUCCGUCCCUUCCUCCGGCUCAGUGGACCUGAGCGAGCUGCUGUUGGAGAUCAGACACUUGAGGCUGCAGCUGGAGAGGAGCAUCCAAACUAACACGGCACUACGACAGAGACUGGAGGAGCAGCUGCUCAGAGGACAGAACCGCUCAGAAACCAUCAACAUCAACUAUCUGCUGUCUUCUCCAGAUGAGGGAGGCAGGUCACCAGGUCGUGAGGGCUGCGAUCCUGUCCGUCACUCUUUUCAGAGCCACAAUGAGCAAACCAGUUUCCUCCAUGAUGAGAAACGUCGUGCUCAUUCAGAGGUGGAUGGUGGGUCAGUUGGCAGCAGCUCUGGCGACAGCGUCUCUGGUGGUCCCUCUCGUCUGGUGCCAGGACACCGGAUGUGGGCCAAUCGCAACGGCCGGCAUAUUUUGGGUCUGAUUGAGGACUAUAAUGCCCUCCGUAAGCAGAUCUCAGAUGGACGGAAGCUGUCACACAGCAUGGACGCACAACUGCAGGAGAGUCUGCACACACUCGAACAGCAGGGCUCAGACAACAAGGUUACAGAACAGCAGCACCUGAAGAGUUUGUCUAGCAGCAUAAACACAAUGCAGCACGUGUUAGAGGAGGCUGGUCGACUGCUCAAACUGGUGUGGAGAGUCUCUUUGCCAGCCGGUAUAACAGCAGGGGACGGCAUCAGCAACCAGCAGGAUGAGUUGCUGAAAAAUGAGAUAGCCAGACUGAAGAGCCGGCUGUCACAGCAGGAGAGGAUGCUGAGUGGAGCUGUCAAACGCCUCCGAACAACCAACCAGCUCAAAGAGGGAAUGGAAAGAGUCAUCAUUGAUCAGUUGUAUCUAACCCAUGGAGUGCUGAAGAAAGCCAGGGGGAAUUUAGAGACUAAUUACUGCACCCUCUUUGGCCUGAAAGGCCUGUCUGGAGGACCAGACGAAGGAGGUCCCAGUCAAUGGCCAGUAGGGGACACUACAGACCCUCAGCCCGAACAGAUAAGUGUCCCUGUUUCUCGAGAGGCUGCAGACCGACACUCUGAAUCCUCAGAGGAUCGCAACAGUGAGACCUCUUUACACUGCAGCUACUAAACUUGCUGUUUCAAUGCCCUACACUGCUUUUGAUAAUGUAGCUACCUAAUCUUCAUCAGGCCUGAUCCCGGCUUUCUGUCCUGCUGUAAAACUGUCACCUUAUUCUCCUGAUAUCAAAGCCUUUUUGUACUAUACUUGCACAUGACCUGCCUUUAAUUUGAUUUUAGGUACUGAAGUUGUAAAAGUUUCUUUCUUUUAAAAGAAAUGCUUUGUAAAUAGUAAUUCCUGCAAUUUAAAUAUUUUUCCUUUUAUUCUUUUUAUAUGAUGCAUAUAAGAACAUGAAAAUGUAUUUUAUUACUGAAUUAUUGUUU